CCGAUGCCCGAACCGGUUCAGUUACCGACACAAGAUGUUGGCCACCACAACGCUGCUCCUGUGGGGCGUCGCGAUCUCGCUGCUGCUGUACGCCCUGGUCCGGCCGCUAAAUGCCCGGCCGGGCAAAAACUUCCCACCCGGGCCGCCCGGCCGGUUUCCCUUGCUGGGCGAUUACGGGCUGCUGCUGCUGAUCAACUAUCGCCACCUGCACAAGGCGGCCCUCGUGCUGGGCGAUUACUAUCGCACCAAGAUACUGGGCAUCUCGCUCCGCGACUAUCCCUCGAUCGUGGUGAACGAUCUGACCGUCGCGAAGGAGGUGCUCAACCGGAAGGUAUUCGACGGCCGGCCGGAUCUGUACUUGGCGCGCAUCCGCGACCGGGACUACAACCGGCGCGGCAUCUUCUUUACCGAUGGGCCGAGCUGGAAGGAGCAGCGCUGGUUCAUACUGCGCUACCUGCGCGAUUACGGGUUCGGGCGCCGCUUUCCCCAGCACGAGGCGGAGGUGAACAGUGAGCUGCUGGUGUUGAUCGAUCUGCUGCGGUACGGGCCGAAGCACGGGCACGAGCGGGCAAUCGUGCGGGACGACGGGUACGCCAAGUGUCCGAAUGUGCUGUUCAGCUGCUUUGCCAACGCGUUCCUGCAGAUCGUGUCCGGCGAGCGGCUGUCCCGGGAGGAGACCGGUGUGCUUUACGAAACCGGCGCGAAUGCGAUGGUGUUCCAGCGGGAGGGCGAUGACUACGGCACGAUUCUCAGCUACUUUCCGAACCUGCGCUACAUCUUUCCCUUCUCGCGCAAGUUCCAGCGCAUCCGCCAGGCAAGCAUGAAUGUGAACGGCUUCAUCGAGACGAUCAUCGACAAAUAUUUGCGCACGUUCGACGAAAACCAUGUGCGCUGCUUUCUCGAUCUGUACUUCCGGGAGAUGGUGAAGUGCACCCCGCAGGAACCCAACUUUACCUUCCAGCACGAUCAGCUACUGCUCGGGCUGGUCGAUUUCUUCUUUCCCGCCAUUUCCGGUGCGACGACCCAGAUGGCCCUGCUGUUUGAGCGGCUCCUGCACAACCCGUCCGUCAUCGAGCGGAUGCAGCGGGAAAUCGACGAAGUCGUCGGACACGGCCGGCUGCCCACGCUGGACGACCGUACCCAGCUGGCGUACACGGAGGCAACGCUGCGGGAAGCGAUGCGCAUCGACACGCUCGUACCGUCCGGGAUUGCGCACCGCGUGCAGGAGGACACGACCCUGCGCGGGUACGAGCUGCCCAAGGACACGCUGGUGCUGAUCGGGCUGGAUGCGAUCCACAACCAGCGGGAGUACUGGGGCGAUCCGGAGCGUUUCCGGCCGGAACGGUUCCUGGACGAGCACGGGCGGCUAUCGCUGGCGAAGGAUCUUUCCGUACCGUUCGGUGCCGGCAAGCGGCUCUGCGCCGGGGAAACGUUUGCGCGGAACAUUAUGUUCCUGACGCUGGCGGCGCUGAUGCAAAACUUCAACAUACGGCAGCCACCGAAUGCCCGGCUGCCGGAUAUGAGCAAACGGAACACUGGCGUCAUUAUUGCGCCGGAAGAUUUUUGGUUAAAGUUUGAGCCACGAUAAGUGGUUAGUUAAAGAGGGGAGAUUUUAUAGGCAUUGUAAGAAAGUAUGUUAUCAAAGUAUCUUGUAUUCUAACUAUUGUCGAAACAUAUAGCAAAAAUAAGCAAUUUAAUAAAUAAAAACAAAACAUUAAAAUGGGAAACACGUGAA